CCAGCAGCUCUUUUGCCUCGUGAAUAACAAAACAGUAAGCUGAAAAUGGUUGCCUGGCUAUUUUCCAUUUUUUUGGCUCUCGCAUCAUGUUUGUGUACAAAAGCUGCGUGCCCGAUGCCGCGGACCAUACACCCUUGCACUUGCGAGACUAUGACCGAUGAAACUGGUGAUGACUUCUCCAUCAUCCAUUGCCACAAUCUACAUUCUGAAGAAGAUCUGACAAGAAUUUUAGCUGCCACCAAAAAGCACAUAAUAUUCGAGCUGCAACUUGUAGAUUGUAUUCUAAGGUAUUUGCCACAUUCUGCUUUUGAAGAUACUACUUUUGAAGUUUUUAGUAUUCAUAAUUCAACCCUUAGAACACUGAGUGACGACACCGUUGCUUUCAAAGGUCUCGAGAAGAAUUUACAUUUGAUCGAGGUAAUAAAUUGCACAUUUGUCAGCGACUGGGAUUGGUCACAGUUGCAGAAUCUGAAGCAUUUGAUGGAAAUACAUGUCAGCCAUUCCGAACUUGUUGACCUCACGGAUAGCAUAUCGAAAAUUCAACACCUAGACGACAUCGAGGGAUUUUCCUUCACGCAAAACAAGAUCGAAGUUUUAGAGGAGAAUGUAUUUGCACCCUUCUUUUUCUUACAGCGUUUGACGUUGGACCAUAAUUACAUAAAGCAACUAAAGCGUUCCAUGUUGCCCAGUCGUGCUGAGCACCUACAAAUUUUAGGCUUAAGUUAUAACUACCUGAAAACGUUACCAGCGGACAUGUUCUUAGGUAUGCCUGCUUUGAGAUCCCUAUACCUGACUGGGAAUCCUCUGUACACGAUUGACGAAGCUGUAUUUAAACCUGUUUGGAACCAACUACAUCUUUUCCUGUUUUAUGGAACUCCUCUUUCCUGUGAUUGCCGCUUGAUAUGGCUUACAAAAGCAGACAACAGCAAGAAAUUCAUCCACGCUGAAUGCUACGGCCCAGCUUCUUUUAAGGGAAGACCUUUGCAUAGUGUACAGCCUCACGAACUGUGGUGUUGAGCGUUGACAACAAUACAGCUUUUAAUAAAUAUAUAUAAACAUCCAGUAAAA